CAAAAUGUGGGGUGAUAAAGUUUAUCAAAAUAUGGCUUUUAUCACAUUUAUUGCGUUCCUGCUUCACCAUCACAGAUGAGUGAUCUUACAGCACCCUUAGACGAUACCUUAAUACUUGAAGACAUGUCUGGCGACAUUUUAACACAAAAUGUGGAGGAUUUCCCUCCAAACGAGAGGGGAGAAAUAAAUGUGGUGAACAAUUCUGAAGAAAACCAAUCUCCACAAAUAACAAGAACACCUAGAAAGUCCUAUGUGAUACUUGCUGUUUUAGUCUUUAUAAAUUUGCUCAACUAUAUGGACAGAUUCACCAUAGCAGGUGUUUUGGAGGAGAUCAUGAAUUACUACUUCAAAGGUCAGAAACUUGACAGGGCCGCCACAGGGUUAUUACAGACCUCGUUUAUAAUGAGUUACAUGGUUCUGUCACCCAUAUUUGGAUAUCUCGGUGACCGAAUUAGUCGUAAAGCAAUCAUGACAGUUGGAAUAUUUUUCUGGUCUGCCAUUACAUUGGCUUCUUCAUUCAUCCCAGCCGAUUCUUAUGGCUGGUUUGUCUUCAUGCGAGGUAUGGUCGGAAUCGGAGAAGCCAGUUAUUCUACCAUAGCACCCACCAUAUUGGCUGAUCUAUUCACAGGCAAACAGAGAUCUGCUAUGCUGGCUAUUUUCUACUUUGCCAUUCCUGUAGGGAGUGGAAUGGGCUACAUAGUUGGUUCAAAUGUGGCAAAAGCUAUAGGUUCCUGGCAAUGGGCCCUACGUAUUACCCCAGCCUUAGGGAUCAUCUGUGUUUUUCUUAUACUUAUCCUUGUCAAAGAGCCUAAGAGAGGAGAAGCAGAGGGUGGCACCCAUUUAAGCAAUACCUCAUAUUUCACAGAUCUUAAACAAUUAGCUAGAAAUAAGAGUUUUAUGUUAAGCACCAUUGGGUUUACUAGUGUAGCUUUCGUCACUGGAGCCCUGGCUCUUUGGGGACCUUACUACGUUCAUCAAACCAUCAAAGAAAGGGGAGAACACACAACAGAAGCCCAAGUCAGCCUAAUAUUUGGCAUUAUCACAGUCCUGGCUGGGCUUAUAGGUGUCGCCUGUGGUUCAACAACUGCCGCAAGAUGGAAAGUCCACAAUCCUCGUGCAGACCCUUUAGUUUGUGCAUUUGGGCUACUCACAUGUGUUCCAUUCUUGUACUUGGCAUUGGUCUUGUCUAGGUACAACACCGCGGCAACAUGGGUUCUUAUAUUUCUUGGAGAAACAAUGUUGUGUCUGAACUGGGCUAUUGUAGCAGAUAUCUUAUUGGGAGUGGUGAUACCAACUCGCAGAUCUACUGCAGAAGCAUUCCAAAUUUUAGUAAGCCAUGCAUUUGGAGAUGCUGGAAGCCCAUAUCUAAUAGCAGCUAUCGCAGAUGCAUUAUCUAUAGGCCAGCGCAAUACCCUCAGCACCCAGGUGUGGACUUUCCAGUAUGGACUUUUCAUUACAUGCUUCGUGGCAGUCCUAGGAGGGGCAGCUUUUCUAGCAUGUGCAAUCUUCAUAGAGAAAGACAACAAACGUGUACAAAGAAUUAUCCAUGGACUCAGUGAAGCGGGUGACCUUGAGAAUGACCUUGCCCUCCCUGCACCAGACAUUGAUGUCACAAUUGAUGUAAAUCAAAGGAGGACGUUGGUCGAUAAUGAACAAAAUGUAAUUGCAUAAAAUUCAAUGGGAAUGCAGAUGUUAAUAGGCUUUAUAUAUGAUGAAGCUGUAGACCAAAUUAAGAAAUCUCAUUAAAAUAUUGAAGUAAAAUUUUACCAGCUGAAUGGAAAAAUUGAGGAAUUUGAUAAUUGAACAGGUUAGAAAAUCAUAUUUUGUAUCGAUACUGGUUCUCCUACCUUAAUCUGUUUAGGAAACCUUAAAAAAAUUGUAAUCGUGUUCAUGAGAAUUUCUAGUAUUUUUUGCAUACUUUUUGAAAAUAUAUCAUGUUAAUGUAAUAACAUCACCACCACAAGUAUUAUAGUCUCCAAUUUUUUUGUGGAUGGUGUUCGGUGGUUGGUGUCUGGCGCUUGGUGUCUGUACCAACUGGCAGGUGGUGACAUUUUGCAUGUCAAUGCC